AUGUCUUCUUCAGUCAAGUUAAAUGCAAGUGAUACAGUUGCGUCAACGAAAAUAGUAUAUGGGAUGGUUCUCAUGUUUCUUUUCACACUUUUCCUUCAAGUUAUUGCGUGAAUUUACACCUAUUGUAAAAUUUAUGUAGAUUUAUAUGGAUCAUUUUGGACUUCUCUAGAGUAUCUCGCUAUUACUGGCGUUACUUGGCCAAUUUAUAUGUACCUAGCUAUUAUACUUUCAGAUAGAGCUUUUAGCAGCUUUGGGAGGCUUUAUUCAAGGGCUCUCAGUAUUUGUAGUCCGAGGGAAAUUGAAAAUCUUAAGAGUCAAAGAGCUCAGCAAAAUGAUCUAGAUCCUAAGAUAUUCCCAGGAUUGCAGCCAGGGGAUUUGUUUAAGGAGAAAGCCAAUGAAAUUAGACUCUAA